UUAUGAACAAGACAACAAAACAGACAGUGAAGUGAGUUAGCGAGCACUAAAACUGACUAAUAGGCAAGUAUGUUCACAUGUAUUUCAGUUCUGCAAACAAAGUUAUUUAAGACAGACAUGGCUGUGCUGACACUCAUCUUGUUUGUAUUUACAUCUUGAAUGUAAAACGAUGCAGGCGCAUUUCGCUUGUUUUUGAAACUCAUAAGAUUGUGUAUUGCACCAGACUUGUAGACUUGCACAAAAACAGUUUCAUCUAAGCAACAUGGAUCUGUGUGUAGCAUGAAAGAUUUCACUGAUGUUGAGGCCUAGUUUCGGAAAAUGACUGGAGUACAGAGGACACAUUAGAAACUCAGUGUGGAUUGAAUGAGGCAUCUUUUUGACUGUAAUGUACUUCUUUUUACAUUUAAUUGAUGAACGUCUUCUUUUAUGAGAUGCGUACUUUGAUAAAACUUACCAGCAUUUUCAACGCUAAUAAUAGUCCGCUCCAUUAGUGUUUUGCAGUGGCUUCUUUGCAUUGCGAAAGACAAAGUAGAAUAUUGAUCAUUUUCUGAUAAUCUGUAGACCACACGCUUCCUUGUGAGUCAUUCUCAUGAGAAACAGAAUUGGAUUGCGUACAAUCCUGUGAGAAAAAGCAGUUUGAAAACCUGUUCUUGGUUCUGCGUUCUAACUACAAAAACAUAUAAUAAAACAAAGCUUCUAUUUCUGGAAGUCAUUCAGAAAAUAUUUUUUAAGGGGUAAGAUUUAUUUAUUUUAUUUUUUUGUAGCUUCAAGGAUAAUUUCUGUCUCAACUUUUAUGUGCAAUUGUAGUUCCUCGAAGACCUGCGUCAAUGAUUAUGGGACUGAUAUUCCUAAACAACUAAGUGUCUGCAAGGUUCUUCCCUUUAACACAAACAGCAGUCAGUAUUGACCUAUUUUUGUUGAUGGUGGACCCUGCAAAUUAUUAAUAACUCGGGCUCUUAAUAAUGUAUUGUCUGAUUCUUCUGUCUUUUCCGUACAUUUCAUCUUUAUACAACAGCGUCUAUUAAGCGGACUUUCUCUGAUGUUUUUGGCUAUUAUUGCAAAGUAUAAUGUCAUGUAGAGAAAACUGAUUCAGAAUUGUUAUUUAUGAAAUUAAACUCACCUGACGGAUAACGUCCUACAACCACCUUUAUGACUCAGGUGCUGCAGACUACUAGUCCAAGCGAUGAUUAUUCCUGAAAAUAUAUAAAAUAAAAAAGUAGCCUCAAAGUUCAGUUAUUAUACUUUACACUUGAAAAGAAAAAAAAAAAGACUUAGGAUUUAACAAGAAUCCUUCUACUAACAGAAUUGCAAUAGUUUCUGCAUUGUACCUUUAACCUGUUUGGAUAUUUAAAUUAUGUCUAUGCAAGAGUUCUGUGUUUAUUCAGUGAGGAUGUUGGCAUCCUCCAAGGGCAUAUUUCCUGUAUACUGAUCAUUGCAGCCAAAUUUAGCUUUAAUAUGCAUAAGUAAUACUUAAACAGUACAGUGUUAGGUCUUCUUUUAUUCAGGUACUGAAUGAGUGUUGGGCGCUAAGUUGAUUUUAAAACUCAGAUCUCCAUAAUUAUGUAUUGGGUCAAACUGAACAUGACGAUGGUCACCAACAACAAAUUAGCAAUUUAUUAUUUUAAAAUAAUGGAAUACAAAAAAAAAAAUGUAGAGCUGGCUUUAUGUAAAUUGACUGAUAUUUUAGGUAAAACACAUGAAUUGUAUCAGACAAAUUAGUUUAAGCAAUUUGUUAGCUGGUUUAAUCUAUAGUAAUACUAACAAUGUUUAUAUAAAAAAAAAAUAGUAGUCUAUGGUAUAUCUUCAUUUAGAAAUAAAUUGUGUAUUUGUAUGCGAGGCUCUGGGGGUCCUUCAUCAAACAUCACUUAACAAUCGUUGCAGUUAUUUAAUUAUGAAUAUGUUUUACUAUAUGAAAGGCAAGAUAUUCAGUCUAGGUAGCACCUGUUCAACAUGAACAAAAUCUUUAAACAAAAAAACAAAAACAACAACAACAACAACAACAACAACAGUGAGUCUGAAUUUCAUUAGAUAAUAAAAUAAGGUAUUUUGUGCUAAUUUUCUUAUACAUAUAUACAAACACUUGAUAUGGCGUGAAAAAUGUAAGAUUUUAUUAAAGCUGUUGUAAGGACAGAUUGCCUCUGAAGCUUGUCUAUGUGCAGUCAUGUUUAGCCUUCUGCGAUAAUUAUUUUUAGAAUGUAUUUUAAAAAAAAACAGUAAAGCAUUCAGUUGAGAAUUUGUUAAAUUUACUAAUAUUUCGUCUAGAGCAAAUUCUAGAGCAUAUUUCUAGAUAUGAAAAAAAAAACCGAACUAAUAAACAAAUAAAACAAUUUGACAAUAUCAAUGAUAAAUUUGAUCAAUAAUCAUUAUAUGGAUGAGAUUGUCGUGACUCUCUCAUUUUAUAUUUGAUCAUUAUCUCAUUUGUGACCCUGGACCACAAAACCAGUCUUAAGUGUCAAUUUUUCGAAAUUGAGAUUUAUACAUCAUCUGAAAGCUGAAUACAUAAGCUUUCCAUCGAUGUAUGGUUUGUUAGGACAAUAUUUGGCCAAGAUCCAACUAUCUGAAAAUCUGGAAUCUGAGGGUGCAAAAAGAUCUAAAUAUUGAGAAAAUCGCCUUUAAAGUUCUUAGCAAUGCAUAUUACUAAUCAAAAAUGAUGUUCUGAUAUAUUUACACUAGGAAAUUUACAAAAUAUCUUCAUGGAAUAUGAUCUUUACUUAAUAUACUAAUGAUCUUUGGCAUAAAAGAAAAAUCUAUCAUUUUGACCCAUACAGUGUAUUUUUGGCUAUUGCUACAAAUAUACCCCAGCGACUUAAGACUGGUUUUGUGGUCUAGGUUCACAUUUGAAAACCUUUUGAACAAAACCACUGCAAAAUAUAUUCACGUAAUCAUACAAAAGCACACAUUCAAAAAGUUAUUUAGUAUCACUUUUGUGCAACUUCUAAUGCUAGAUUUUUCUAAUUUGCAUAUAUAUUCACUUACUCUUUUUUGUUUUUCAUUUUUACAGGUCUAACACUGAUGAAACUGAAUCAAAGAUCGUCUUAUAGACAUAAUUUAAAUAAGGCUCAAUAGGAUAAUGCGUAACAUUUAACACUGAAAAAGACUACCCAUGAAAAAAUAUAAUAAAUCUAAAUUGCAGAUUUUGUCUCUUUCAAACAGACUUCAGGCCGGUUAUCCACGAACCAGUAUGCGAACACUUUUGUGUUUAUCAUCUGAUUUGGGUUAAUAUAUUUUAGCAUUACAUUACAGCUAUUAUAAAAUGCCACCAGCAAAAUGUAAACAAUUCCAAAACUAAAAAUCUUUAUUAAUAUUAUUUAAAAGUCUUUAUAAUAGUAUAUGCUUUUACGACUUAAAAAGGUCUACCGUCAAAGAGCUGGGAAGACAUGGACGGCCAGACAUAAGUAGGCUAUAGAGUCUGAUACUUUACAAUAAAUAAUUUAACAGACUAUUUUAUACAGUUUAACUGAAGAAUCUCACAAUGCUAGCAAUUCAUGCUACAAGACCCAACAAUACAACAGAAUCUACAGCAGUAACUGUGCACAAGAGUAAAAGGGAUUUUCAUAUCGUCAUGUAUUUCCAGCUAUUCUCUUCUUUGCUAUGAUAUGAAAUUAUGGCCACAUGUUGUCCGUUGAAAUUUUGACAACAGAAAUUUAGUGGAAGCUUGUUUAACACAUUAGCCGUUUCUGAAUUUUUAAAAUGAAUGAAUUCUUACUCCUCCUAAAAUGCAUCAUCAGCACAUUUCACUCUGCAUCAGACUAAUAAUGGAGAAGCACCUAAAUUCAUUAGAAACUACAGGUUUUGGGGACGUAACUCGCACUUGUAAAAAAGCACAUUCAUUUAUUUGCGUAACCUAAACUUCAGGGCUCAUUCAACAAGUUUUAGGUUCAGCUUUCAUUACUCUCUCACUUCUUUAAUUUUUCAACGCAUUCGUCUGUGAUCUCUCUGCAUGCACUUAUGAACGUUGUCUCAAAGAUAAGAUAAACGGUUUGAUAGAAUGAUAGACAGUGAGGGGGAAAAAAAGUCCAAACCACUCUGCUGCUUUCCCCCUCCUCUGUUCAGUCUUUCACACAUAUGACAGAAAACUAGAAAACAGCCUCCACACUCCUCUUUCCAUCAAUUAUAUCCUAUGCUGUUUUUGUCCCUCUUUAACCCACUCGCCCUGUUCUCCAGUAUUAUGUGAUCACAUAUAGCUUUUAGGUAUGCGAUAUUGAUUUAAGAAUGAACAUUUCAUGCAACAAAGCUGGUAUUUUAAGUCCUAAAUUCCCCCACUCUCUGUUCUUGAAUAUAAAAACUUGCACAAAGUAGAUUUUUAAAGGCAAAAGCUAAAAAAAGUAGGGCAGCGAGAGUGAAAAAUCUACAUUUCUCUGAUCCAGGAAUCUGUCUUUUCUCUCGGCGUAUUGUCUUACACCUUCAUUCUUUCACCCACAUUAUGCUAAUGGUGAGGUUUGUGUAGGUGAUUUCUGCAGGUACAUUCAUACUGUACUCACCACUGAAUUAACAUCACCCUCAUCAGCCAAACUGCCAAACCUACAACCUAUGCGGGGGCCGUCCAGAUUCACAGUCUCUCAAAGUUUAAUGCCUCUGACCGAGAUAUGACGCACUGAGACAGAGUGGGUGGACCUGUAAUAUAGUCCUGUCAUUCAAAAUAAAAAUGCAUGAUUAUACCAAACUGCUUAUAUUUAAGAAUUAACAGUUAAAAUGAUGCAGAUAAGUUGGCAUGAGAGAGAGAAAAGAGAGGGAAACACUACGUGUGGGUGGAAAAAGGGGUGCAGAGACAAUGUAUGCGGUAUGGAAACGAUUUUAUAUUGUGGGUAUAAGAGGGAUACACUUGCAGAAAGCGAGCGAGAGAGCGGAGGCGGGGUGUACGGAGGUUUCCCUUGUCCACUUCCUGUUCUGUCGUUGUUUCAUGGUCAACUUCCCGUCACAUGACUUUGAGAAACCACAGAUUCUCACUGGCGUAAACACAGUUUGUCUUUUCGCCCCCACACAAACACAUGCACAGAAAAACACACACAUAUGCAUCCACAAAAUCUCAAUAAAGCAAUCAUGUUAAUCAUUUAACACACCACAUAACAUUAACAAAAACACAACGGUUCACAUGCAUACAAAUACAAAAAAAACACAAACUUGUUCUUAUGACCGACACACAUACUUGACAGGAAGCUUUGCCUCUCACUCAUAUCGUAUACACUUACACGCACACCCACGCCUUACCUGCCAGUUUGACAACUCUUACGUUCUUUACACUCAAGUCACUAACCACAACAGAUGCGAAUCUCAAGAUAACACUCCGAGCCGCAAGCACAAUAAGCCCAAAAGGUCUCAUAACCUACCAACAUCAUUGAAGACAACACACUUUCAUCCUGCAGCUUUUGUUCAUUUAAAGAAAAAAGUAUUCUAAAGUAAGGUUAGGUUGGAAUCAGCCCUUUUUGAUCUACCGUCUGUCUGUUCAGCAUGAGUGAGACCCCCAUUGGACCGAGAGAAGAUGGUGAUCUAUGGGAGACUGUGAGUAUGUGAUGUGAUGUAGGAGAAUGGAUAAAAAUAGACUGAGAAGGAAAAGAGGUUAAGGAGGAGAGCAAGACAGAAGAGGGAGAGAGAUAUAGAAAGGCAGAGAUAGAGGGAGAUCCGUGACUGCUUCCUCAGGAUGUGGUUUUCGGUUCAGGGUUUUAAGGGAGGGGGUGACUCUAUGACAACCGAAGACUUACCUUUUGAUCGGUGGCACCUGUGAAAGAAAUAUGUGUGAGAAAGAGUUUUCACAUUUAAGUAUGAUAAUGCGCACAAGCGAGGAAGAUCUAGAGAGAGCGCCUGCUUUCACACGUGGCUGUAUUUUAAUUUGGUUAGCUGGAGAGAAGGGUCACACACAGCAAACAACUCACAGGUCGACAUGAACGGAUAGCACACCAACAAAAACAACAGGUUAUGGAUAAAAAAAGCAAAGCACUGGUGAGUACUAGACAGACAGUGUGAGAACAAAGGAUGAGAGAGAAAGUAAAAAGUUAAACAAAGCCGUAGAACAAAGGCCGUUUGUUUUCUUUUGAUAGCUGUAGACGUUUCUCCGUUUUUUUCAUUGCUGUAACGUUUCCGCAUUUCUGUAUGAAUAUUUGUCUUUAAAACCAACUGUUACAGAGGAAGACAAAGACAAACCAUUCAGCGGUUGGGAAAAUGUCUCAUUGCGUUUGUUUGUGUGGUUUGGCUCACUAACGUUCAUGAGGUUAAAAGGGUUUUGAUGACUUCUGAUUGUCUUUGUGUGUCUCUUCAGUUUUCAGAUGCGAUGAGCGUCCUUUAACUCGAAGGUGCAGCCAUUUGCAACAAGCCAUAUGGCUGACCAUACAUCUCCCGAGUCGCUCUCCUUCGCUCCCAUGUUUCGACACCAGACAGAAAGUCAAAGGUCAAGUCACGAGCUUUACCAGCAAGGUUCUAUAAGUGGGCUCAGCCCGUUUGAGGUCCCGUGUGAAGCCACGGAUGGCACCGGGAGCGCUCUGAAUGGAUUAGAUCAAACUGGGAACGCUUCUUACUGGGGGAAUACGUCCCCUGUGUCCUCUAUGGGACUCAACAGGAACAAGGCACAAGCUGGAGCUUAUGAGGCCGACUGGAGUACUCACUGCCACCAACAAGAGGCAUCAGAGAGUUAUGAAACAACUGGGCGUCAGCAACAAAAACUGGAUUCAUUCACCGAAGCAUUUUGCAGUCGUAGCGUAACCCGAAUGCCGGGCGGAGAAGAGCAGAGCGGCUUUAACAGCUCUACUCCUCCGUCACAUGCCCUCUCUUUCCCUCUGGUUCUUAGCCCACCGCCAACGCCCCUGCCUGCUCCAUCCUUCUCUCCUCCUAAACGCCCUCAACACUUCUUGCCCAGCCAGAUCUUGUGCCAAUCACAGAUACAAACUCAGACAGAUGGGUCGCUGCAGUUCUUUCCUUCUUUACCUUCACCCUCCACAGGCAGGUUCAAUCACCCCAUUUGGCUCCAGUUGCAAGCUGACGACAGCGACAGCCUGGACUUAACGCAGCACCUUCCACAAGAUUCAAACUCCUCUCUGGUAUAUUCAGAUCAUGGCGGGGCUCAUCUGAAACAUAUUAACUCCCUGCAGAAAGACUGUUCACUGCAGAUGUCCCUCAACCCUGCACUGGUUCAACAUCACCAUCACCAGGCCUGCGUGCAACAAGAGCUGGGUCACGAGCCCGGGACAUCCGAAGAUCACAUGACCUGGCCUCAGAUGGGGCAAUCAUCGCAUUCAUUUGGACCUUCUCUACACCAGUCUAGUCUCCAUGUGCAGGGGUCAGGGCCAGGAGAAGGAACACGAUUCGGUUACGGACUAAACUUCGGUCCUGGGUCCUCAGACAAAUCUCUGGGGUCCUUCACCACACAGAAUGUUCCCAGUUCCGUAUAUACCGGAGUCCCAUUCAACAGUGUGAUCCAGAUGAAUAAAGAGCUCAUGGAGAACUGGGAAAAAACUACACCUCACUAUACGCCACCUCCAAUGCUAAACCCAACACGUAGUGGAACGGGACUCUUUUGCAACUUACUGUCUUCCCUAGCUGUGGAAAACAGAGCACUGUGGACAGACGAUAGGAAAGAUGAUGACUCACAAAGGUGCAUAAAUAUAGGCCCAGAGUUCCAAGCUGAGCUGCCAGAUCUGAUAAUAGGAAGAGAGCAUGAGGUGUGUCCAGAGGAACCAAUCAGGGAGGAGUUGCUAUGGAAACCUUGGGCAGAGUUAGAACAAAAUGACACCCUUUUACAGCACGUGGAGAAUCUUCUUGACCUGAGUGCCUCCAGUGUUCUACCAGGAGGUGGCGCCAAUCUGGAGCUUGCUCUUCAUAGCCUGUCUCAUUGCGAGGGAAACAUUCUAGCAGCGCUGGAGAUGCUGUUGUUUAAAGACUCCCCUCCAUCAGAAAACUAUCACUAUUCUGGCAUGGAUAUAUGGAGUUUGAGUGAACAAAGACUGUUCCAUAAAGCAUUUGCAAUUUAUGGAAAAGAUUUCUCCUUUAUACACAAAAUGGUGAGAACAAAGCAGGUGUCACAGUGUAUUGAAUUCUACUACAACUCCAAGAGGCUUUCAGAGAAACAAAACAAACAGAGGGAAAGAGAAAAAGAAAGUCUGGAGGAAGAGAGAAUUGCAGCAGCCAUCAGUCAGGUUCCUCCAGCCCCAAAGGUGUUGGUUAACCAAGCCAGUAUUGACCGACUGAUUAAUACCCCACCACUUCCCACAAACUUUCCCUGUAAACAGUGUGGAAAGAUGUUCUAUAAAAUCAAAAGUAGAAAUGCUCACAUGAAGAUCCAUCGGCAGCAGCAGGAGGACUGGAGGGAAAAACUGCAGCUACACCCAAACCAGCACCACAACCUUAACCUGACAAGAGCACUGGCUCAUCCAAACCAGCAAAUCCUAACCCAGACCCACCAUCAGAAUCACAUCCUGACCCAAAGCCUGAUUCAGAACUUGGUCCAGUCACAGACCCAGUUGGCUUUUCUUCAGAGCACAAAGACUCUGAGUACAUGCCCAACCAGCAGUACAAGUUGUAUGGCUCCCACCCAGAAUCCACAGAUUGUGCCCAAAGCACCUCCCUUAACACUCCACACUGGACCUCAGCAGACAUGGGGCUCCCUGCACAGUGUAGACACAGGAGGCCUGUUCUAUAACAGAGGCUCCAUGGUAAACGGGCUCCAUUUGAGCAUACAGGACAGUGUCAGUAAGUCAUGGGCUGAUACCCAGUAACUGACAUACCAAAACUGACUUGUACAGUUUAAAACUCUUGAUGGCAUAAGUUAAGACAUUACGGUUUUAAAAGAUCAAGAACACAGUGUGGAGAAAAAAAAAAAAAAAAAAAAAAAGCAAA